GGAAGCAUAGCAGAACCCUGAGCUCGCCGAUCCAAUGGCUAGUCCUGCACCAGAAGUCGACAUAAGCAAUGCAGGCUCUGACUCUUCUCCAGCUGCUCGAGUCGUUCGGGCUACAGUGGUUCAGGCUUCCACGGUCUUCCACGACACCCCUGCCACUCUGGAUAAGGCAGCGAAGCUGAUCGAGGAGGCGGCAAGCCUGGGAUCACAGCUGAUCGUCUUUCCUGAAGCAUUCGUUGGAGGGCACCCUCGAGGCCAGAAUUUCGGGGAUUGGAAAACAAAGGGCAGGGAGAGUUACAGCAAGUACCAUGCUUCUGCUAUUGAUGUUCCAGGACCUGAGGUAGACCGUCUGGCUGCUCUCGCCGGAAAGUACAAUGUCUACUUAGUAAUGGGUGUAAUUGAAAGAGAAGGAUAUACUCUCUACUGUUCGGUUCUCUUCUUCAAUCCUCAAGGACAGUACCUCGGGAAACACCGGAAACUCAUGCCGACAGCCCUGGAACGCCUUGUUUGGGGUUUUGGAGAUGGGUCGACUCUCCCCGUCUAUGACACUCCGCUCGGGAAAAUAGGUUCUGUAAUUUGUUGGGAAAAUAGAAUGCCGCUGCUAAGAACUGCUAUGUAUGCUAAAGGGAUCGAGAUAUAUUGCGCCCCAACGGCUGAUGAUACGACUACUUGGCAAGCUUCUGUGACACAUAUCGCCCUCGAGGGAGGAUGCUUCGUACUAUCAGCCAAUCAGUUCUGUCAGAGGAAAGACUAUCCUCCAUAUCCCGAGUAUAACCUUAGCGGUAAAGAUGAAGAUGGUCCCAAGCCAGAUUCGGUUGUGUGCGCUGGUGGGAGUGUGAUCAUCUCACCUUUAGGGACAGUUCUCGCUGGUCCCAACUUCAAAGGAGAGGGCUUCAUCACAGCCGAUCUUGAUCUAGGAGAUAUUGCACGGGCGAAGUUUAAUUUCGAUUCAGUCGGACAUUAUUCAAGGCCCGAUGUAUUGAGCCUAAUCGUGAAGGACCAUCGAGCUGCCCCGGUGACCUUCACAUCAGCAGCAGACCAGAUCUCCAGGGCUUGAUCAGAUGCCACAGAUAAAAUAUAAUAUCUCUCAAGCUUGUAUUGUAUGGCAAUAAGAUGCUUAAUAAUCUACCUAGUUCUUCCCUCACAUGGGAAGUCGGCUUCGUUGCUGCAUCUGUUUGUGGUUAUUUGUCUGGUGUUUCUUCACCUACUUUGUCUAUUACGGGAUAUCGGGAUCCUGUAUAAUAAUAAUAAUAAUAAUAAUAAUGUAUAUUACGUUU